AUGUCCGGCAACUUCGAACACAGCCAUGGCGAAGAGAUUGUUGAUCGACUGGCAAAGAUCGAAUAUGCCAAUCCCAAUUGUGCGGACUGCCCAGCUCAUAGUCCCCGAUGGGUUUCGUUCCUUUUAGACAAGCGAGAGAGACAGAAAGACACAUCCACAUCCUCCCACAGCAACGGUACUUCUGUUCGAGUCGAGGGAUAUCUUUGCGUCUUGUUGUGUGACACCUGCGCCAUUCACCACCACAGAGAAUUGGGCGAAAAACGUUGCAAGAUUAGAUGUUUGGAAUGUGUCCAUGAGUGGACGCAUGAAGAGCUAGACAUCGUCAGCAACUGUGGCAACGACUUUGUCAAUGAGUAUUAUGAAGCGAAAGAUCCUGAUGAAGCUUGUCGUGGUAAGGAUGUUGUGGCGGAAGAUCGCGACGAAGAAUGCGAAUGGCGUGCCUUUUUCAUCAAGAGCAAGUACAAGAAGUGCAGGUACCGUGACGAUGAGGCUCUGCAAGAGGCUCUGGUAACCAUGGACCGACUCAAGGAAGCAUGCGCAAGAAGUAGGAAGACUGGUGGGCGAUCGUCCUGGUCGACUUCUGUCCGAAGCACCGAGAAAAGCAAGAGUCAUUACGGCACAAAGCAAAAGAGAAGAUUCUCAUGUGCUGCUUCACUGGUUUCACGGAAGAUGUUUUCUUCUCAGCCCCGGUACUCCAGCAGUGCCAGUCGAGUGACCCGAGUCAGGGGCUCCAUGUCUGCAUUUAGUGCUUCAUUACCGGACAGUGGUGUCGACGAUGUAUCGGAUAUCAUUGGAGCAGGGGGUGACCUUGCACCAUCCGUGCCAACAAGAUGCCUUAGUGAAGCAGGUGACCAUGCUCCAUCCAUGCCAAGCAGAUGCAUCAGUGAAACCGCAAGCAACUUCUCCAGCUCUAGAACCAGCGAGGGGUCCAGCAAGGAUUCCACUGAACCUGUUGUUCCCAUGGUUGGUGCAGGUCCUACGGUUAUGGGAUCCGCUCCAGAGCAUGCAAACGCAGCAUAG